AUGGGGGAAGUAGCGUCGGACCAGGGAACCAACAAACCAUUUAGUGAUUUUAUCCACAUCGCGGGACUGACUGACCUUGGUUACCAAGGGCCACCAUACACGUUGUCAAGAGGGAACUCAAAACAAUGGCUAGAUAGGUGCAUCGCCAACUCGUCAUGGGUCGACCAAUUCCCGGAGUCAUACGUUAAACACUUAGAACGGAUUGGCUUGGACCAUAGACCGAUACUUCUACGCCUCGAGGAUGAAAUAAAAGAUAAGCAAAACAUGCCGUUUAGGUUCUUGGCCGCAUGGCAUGACCAUCCCCAAUUCAAGGAACUCCUGAAUUCAACAUGGAAAGUGGAUGAGACCAUUACUGCAAAUGUGUAA